AUGGAGGCCAAGUUCAACUUGCUUGCAGGAAGAUGGUGCAAGAAGGCCCCCAAGCUGGUGGAGACUCCGACGACGUCGGCCUUUCUCAAGAGGAACGUCAUCGUCGCAACCGCCAAGGGUCGGUAUUGGCACCUCUCCGUCACCACCAAGUCCACCAUGAUCCACGCGUGUGGGGUCGAGUGGGACAUCUUCCAGCAUGUGCUCAAGAGCAACAACGACUACGUCUCCUUCCGCGGCGACGAAGUAAAGGCCGUUUUCAACACCGUUUGA